AUUCUAGCAUCUGGCUUUAUAAGGGAGCCAGUUUCAUCCAGCGCUACCAUUUGCGAUUGGUUUAAUUACUGUCGGGAAGCGGUAGUUAUAUACCAAAUAGACCAGCAGGUAGCGGUGGGUAAAAUUGGCGGCCCUGGUAAAGUUGUGCAAAAUGAUGAGAGUAAAUUUGGGAAAAGGAAAUACAAUAAAGGUAGGAGAGUAGAAGGCUACUGUGUCUUGGGUAUGGUGAAAAACGGAAGUGACGGUCUCCGUUUGGAAGUUUGUCCCGAGAAUGUCAGAUCCACGGAGGUGCUCAUACCGUUAAUACGGAAACAUGUUGCCCAGGGUACAAUAAUACACACAGAUUGUUGGAAGGCGUACGACUGCCUACCUGGUCACGGGUAUGAUCACGCGUUAACCACAGUGACCCGGACAAUUCUUUUGUGGCAAGGGAUGGAACCCACACCCAAAGGAUAGAAUCCCAGUGGCGUGUAAUUAAGAGAUUUUUUUGUGCGGGACAAUUAUAACAACCCCGAACUCUUUACGGACUUCAUUAUGGAGUACACAUGGAGAAAAAGUAUUGCUAACAACCAUGAUGAUCCUCUUGUAAAGUUGCUGCAAACAAUAAUAUACUUAUACAUUUUGAAACCUUGGUCUUUUUUUUGUAGUUAGAAAGUUUACUUAAUAACUUUUUAUAGGGAAUUUGUUUUCUUAAUUUUGGGAAUUUUAUUAAUUUGACUACUUUUAUUUGAUUGCAUGUGGCAACACUUAUGUUCUGUCAUCUUGCAACCCUUUCGUUAUUGUACAAAUAAACAGAAUUGUGCAAAAAAGUUAAAUGUUUAUUUACAGCAAAUUUUGAUAUAAUUUGUUAAAAAUAAAUAUGUAGAAACAAAUGUGUGAAGUGUAAAUAUAUUUAAAGUGCAAAAUAUAUGUAGAAAAUUCAAUAUACAGUGAGAAAUAACGAGUUCAAAAUUGUUAAUUUUAAAUCUUUAAUUUCAAAUAUCUCGGAAAAUUUGCUCCUUCUUAUUAUUAUACGUUCUCUGACCCCCCCAUAUUGCAAUGUAACAAGACAAAACGCAUUGUUUUCAACUUCCGCAAACUUAAAGCAAUGGGUUUUUAACCACACCCAAUAUCUAACGUGAUUUUCAUCCCCGCAAAUCUGUUUUGCCAAAUUAAAAGGAGGAGGACAAGAGUGGAAUACUUCGGACUAACCAUUUGUCGAGGUGAUAUAAAAACUAACCCAGAUAAAGUCGAUUCCAAUCGGAAGUACAUACAGCGAACAUGCUAUAGUUUGAAUUACGAUUUGGAAACAAUGAAUAGAA